AUGGUCAAAUUAACUCAAAUAGAUGAUGAAACUCAAACUGUAUACCCAGAUGGAACAACAACCAUAAAUAAAGUUGAAGUAAAUGAAUAUGAUGAAUCAGAUUCAGAAUUUUCAGAUGAUGAUGAAGAUGAUUUUGAUUUGGCAAAUGAAACAAUAUAUGAUAGAAUUGUAGCAUUGAAAGAUAUUAUAUCUCCACAACAAAGAGAUGCUAUUUCCAAAAUUGCCUCAACAGUAUCAACUUAUUCAUCAUAUAUAGCUUCAAAUAGUGGUAAAUUAUUAUGGGGAUUAACUUCAAGCUCACUUUUAUUAGGUGUACCAUUAGCUUUGGCUAUAUUAUCAGAAACUCAAUUACAAGAAAUGGAAAAAGAUAUGAGUUUACAAAAAUCCGCUCAAGAUGUUUUAGCUCCUGGUAGUGAAGAUGCUUUUGGUGAAAAGAAAGCUAUCGCUUGA